AUGUCCUAUAAAAACGAAGUUCAAGUAACAAAAUAUUCAAAUGAAUGGAUUAAUUGUAUUGAAGAAUAUAUUUCUAAAAAUAAAAAUAUAAAAUAUUAUGAAUAUUAUCAUUUUCAUAAUAUUGAAAAAAUUAAUAAUGAUAAUUUUGGAAAAGUUUAUCGUGCAAAUUGGAAGAAUUCGGAACAAUAUUUUGUAUUAAAAUCCCUUAACAUUGAUAAUAUUACUGUUAAAGAAAUCAUUCAUGAGCUUGAAUUUUGUAACGAUGUUAAUUUACACGUAAAUAUCAUUAGAUUUUUUGGUAUUACGAGUAAAGAAGUUCGAAAUAAUCAAGCGAAGGAAUAUUUAUUAGUAAUGGAGUACGCUAAUGGUAAUUCCCUUCGAAACUAUUUGAAAGAAAACUUUAAUAAACUAACUUGGGAAGACAAGUACGAAUUUGCAUACCAGUUAACAUGUGCUGUAUCACAUUUACAUGAUAAAGGGAUUUCCUAUUGUGGCUUGAACCCUAAUAAUAUAUUAAUUCAUCAAAAUACAAUCAAAUUAACCGUUUUUGGAUUAUCGAAAAGGGCCAAGGAAUUAUCUAAUCAAAAAUCGGAUUUGAUAUGUUAUAUUGAACCAAAAAUGUUAAAACCGUACUUAUUAAAUUCGUACUCAUCAAAUCCGUACUCAUUAAAUCAGAAGAGUGACGUUUAUAGUAUUGGUGUAAUAUUAUGGGAGAUAUCAAGUGGUCAAUCACCAUUUAAAGAUGAAUCAUAUAAUGAUAAUUUAAUUAUGAAAAUUUUAAAAGGUUAUAGAGAAUCAAUUGUUUCAAAUACUCCUCUUGAUUAUUCUAUUCUCUAUAUUGAAUGUUGGAAUAACGAUCCAGAUAAUAGACCCGAAAUUAAUCAAGUGGUUUCUAAAUUAAAAACAAUUAUUACGAAAAACAAAAUGAUAUUAAAACGAUCAGAUCAACUUGAUUCUACAUCACUAACAUCAGAUAAUAAUCAAUUAAAUGAAGAUUUAUAUCAAAUUAUUCAAAAUUUUGAUAAAACAAAUAUAAAAGAAUUAGAACCUACAACAAAGAAUAUUCAUAAAAAUAUAUUUGAAGAAAAUUUAAGUAUUGUGAUUGAUGAAUUGAUUAAUUUUUCUUUUAAAGAAGUAAAUGAAGGAAAAGAAGAAAGUACAAGAAAGAAAAAUAUUUUAAAUUAUAUUAAUAAUUUUAAAAUAAAUUUACAAGAAAUUUAUAAUUGGCUUUUAAAUAAUCAAAAUGAUUCAAAUUCUAUUUAUUUAUUAGGAUAUUUUAAUUAUCAUGGAAUUAUAAUUAAUGUUUAUAAAGAAAAAGCAGUUGAAUUAUAUCAAAAAUCAGCAGAAUUAGAUAAUUGUUUGGCUCAAUAUAGUCUUGCUUAUUUAUAUGAAGAUGGUGAAGGUGAUAUUAAAAAUUAUGAUAAAGCUUUUGAAUUAUCUAAAAAAUUAGCAGAAAAAGAAUAUUUGAGUGGAAUAAAUCUUUUAGGAUAUUAUUAUUAUAAUGGAAUUGGAACUGAUGUUGAUGUACAAAAAGCAUUUGAAUUAUUUCAAAAAGCUGCUGAUCAAGGAAAUAUUAGAGCUCAAUGUAAUCUUGCUGAUAUGUAUAUUGAUGGUGAAGUUAUUGAUAAAGAUGAUGAUAAAGCUUUCGAAUUAUCUAAAAGAUCAGCGGAAGGUGGUCAUUCAGGUGGUAUGAAUUUAUUAGGUUAUUGUUAUUAUAAAGGAAUUGGUACUGAUAUUGAUAUGGAAAAAGGUUUUGAAUUAUAUCAAAAAGCUGCAAAUUUAGGAAAUAGUAUAGCUCAAUAUAAUCUUGCUUUGAUGUAUGAAAGUGGAAAUGGGACUAAAAGAGAUAUGAGUCAAGCAAUUUAUUGGUAUAAAAGAUCUUCUGAACAAGGAGAUAAAGAUGCUAUGUAUAGAUUAAAUGAUUUAAAUGAUAUGCAAGAAUUUUUUUAA